CUUUUCGUUAUAUAUAUAAAAAGGGCCGUCUAAAACUAACUGGCUCACUGCCAUACCAUCCAAGCUGGAGUAAACAAUCAUAUUUGAGCCCAUCAUGUCAGUGUCAAGAUCACUUUCAGAACUCGCAGCACUAAUCCAGAGCCAUUCGGCCUCCAUCGUAAAUACCUUAGAGUCCCAUGGGCACCCUCAACCAUCUUUUACCGUCGGAUCUCCUUUAGUUCUCCCAUUGUCACCAGAGGUUGAAGAUACCCGUGAUGAACUCGUCGAAGCCCUCGAUGAGCUCCGCGCCCUAGUAUUGGGACCAAUGGGCCACCUCUUCUCGAUGUUGCUACCCCUUCCCGCGACCAACGCGACAAUGCACGCGCUGUACCGCUUCCGCAUCCCCCAGCAACUCGGCCUCAACGAGUCAGUCACCUACACGACCCUCGCCGGGCGAUGCGGCCUGCCCGAGGAUGAUCUUAGACGGCUACUCCGCAUGGCCAUAUCCUUGCGCCUCUUCUCCGAAGACCCGAGCACGGGUCUCGUGCAUCACACGGCCGCCUCCUCCGUCUUCGCCGCGCUGCCGCCCACCCACGACUUCCUCGGCAUGCUGGUCGAGGAGAUGAACCCGGCGAGCGUCAAGAUGGUCGAGACCCUCGCCCGCUUCGGCGGGUCCCAGGAGCCGAGCGACUCCGCCGCCAGCGUCGCCAUGGGUACCGAGGGCAGGCUGGACUUCUACGCCGCCAUCGCCGGCGACGAGGAGAGGGUCCGGAGGGUCGCCAGCGGCAUGAGCCUGGCUACCAGGCUGCCCAGCCACGCGGUCGCGCACUUCGUUGACAACUGCGGCUGGGACCGCGAGGGCAGCUGCCCCAAGAGCAUCGUGGAUAUCGGGGGCAGUGAGGGCGAGUUGUGCAAAGCGCUGCUGGAGAAGUACCAGGGGAUCAGGGAAGCGGUUAGUUUAGAUCGUGCCGAAGUUAUUAAUGGCGUUCUGGUCCCCGAGGGCCUCAAGGGGAGGCUCAGGUUAGCGCCGUAUGAUUUCUUCAAGGAACAGUCCGUGGUCAUGGGCGCCGAUGUGUACUUGUUUCGAAAUUGCUUCCAUAACUGGUCCGACAAGUACGCCGUGCGCAUGCUGAGGAACCAGAUACCGGCGCUUAAGAAAGGAUCCAGGGUGUUCGUCAAUGAGGCUUGUAUGCCGGAGCCUGGUAGCGUGGGGUUGGUCAAGGGCCAGGUUGCCUGGGGCUCUGAUCUCAUCAUGAAGAUGACGUUCAAUGGCAAGGAUAGAAAUCGGACGGACUGGGUGAACCUUUUUAAGGAAGCGGACCAGAGAUUCAGAAUUAUUUCUAUCGAUACACCACCGCGUUCUGCUUUGGCGAUCAUCGAAGUUGUCUGGGAAGGUUGAAAUCAUUGGUCAUGCCAAGUUGUCACGGCAAGUGAAAUACGUAUAGUGACAAAUGGCUGAUAUCUUUAACGGAUAAACUUGGCAAGUGGAAUUUAGAGGCUGGAUGUAUUAAUUGGUUGUUUGAAUCAGGACAUGUAAUAUAUGACAACUCCCCUUGUUGCUUUUGAAUCAUGUUUUCUUUUCGUCGUAGAUGUCUGCAUAUCAUCAAUCCAAGCAUAUACCAUCAAA